AGAAGCACGCUGAACCCAAUGAGCCAGGAGUGGUCGGAUGCCCUCCAAUGGAGUGGAAAUAAAAAUCUAGAAAGUGGAAAAGAAGAAGAAGAAGAAGAAGGAGAAGAAAAAAAAAGAACAAAUUGCUAUGAACUCAUAAAUGACAAAAUUUUUGUUUACAGAUGUAGUACAUGCUUGCUUGUAUUCACCUGUGUGCAUUCAUUUUCAAAUCAUGUGUUGAGUGAGAACCACCAAAUAAAACAGCUGAACUGUGUGAAGAAGGGAAAAUAUUUCAGGUGCCUGAGGUGUAGAUAUGUCUGUAUGAGCAUAGCCAAAAUUAUUAGCCAUAUCGAAUUGUAUAAUCAUGGUCACAACAUUUUGAGGAAAAUCAAAAGGAGGAUGGUUUACAAUGGAAUUGCUUCCUGUUCAUGUAGAGUCAAAUGUUACACUUUUUACUCACAAAAUAAAUAUUGCUUCACUACUGGGGAUCCCAUUCUGUCAGAGUAUGAACGUGUCCCCAAUUUGCAACAGAUCGGUGAAGGCAUCCCCAAUUUGGAACCCGUUGAUGGAGGUGACCUAUCUCCUCACGAUCAGAGUGAUUCUCAUCAUGAUGGAAAUAUGGAAUUUUUGCAAAAGGGACAUCCCCAAAGGGAGGCUAACAAUCCAGACAAAAAAAAUACACUAGGGAAGAGUACAACCUACAGCUCUUUGCAAGAAGCGAAUCCCUCCUACGUUAGAGAGGGUGUAGGCACGAUGAAGAAUUCUACACAGAAUAGGCCACCCAAUUAUGAACCAAUUUUUGAGGACCAUCACAACUUGGAUCAAUUUCUCACUUCAGAACUAGUCAAUAAAAUUGACCAAAAUAUGCAAGGAGAAAGAGAAGAAGUAAAGGAUUCUUUUCUGCGCUCUAUUCAGAACAGUGCAAAAAAGCUAGCUGCGUUGGACACACUGUAUCUGUAUGAGCAGCAGGAGGGAAAAUCCCUUUCUUGCAGUGACCCCUCUACUCCGUAUAGAAACACCAAAGAGACACACACAAAAGAUGUUGGAAACCAGAUCGACACUCAUCGGAAUGGUAUACCUAGCGGAAUGCAUUCUUUGGAAAAACAACAAAUGAGUGGUUUCCAUAAGAGAGACAAGCUAUCCCCCUCAGAAGAAGAUUUAAAAAAAUAUUUUUCCCCAAAUUUCCUAUCCCAUAUAUUUGAUUAUCAGCCGAGAAACGUGGUUCCCACAAUGGGGGGGCCUCAAAGGACUGAUUCGGGAGAGCCCUCCAAUGGGAAAUUGGCUAAUGUGAUGAGAGAUGCACACUUGGACGCGCGUCAUGACAUGCGCGUGGUGACCCCCAACAUCACGCAUAAUGUGGCUGAGAGGAAGACAAGGACACCACAUAGAGAACCCUUCACCAAAAUGGAGUACCCUCCCAGGGAGGGACCAACUGAUGCAACUCCGUAUCUUACUCAAAGGAUCGAUGACAGUGAUUCGUUUUUGUCCUCUAAAUAUUGGCGCCCUCAAAAGGAUGAAAUGGAUAAAAUGGAUAAAAUGAGUAGGGGAGCUUAUAAGCACAUGGAUGGGGGGAAGGGUAGCAGGCAGGCUGCCGGGGAGACAGUCGGAGCAACCAACCAGCUCGGUUACAUGAAGUACACGGUCGGGACAGGUGAACAGAGUGGAGACCCCCACACUGCAAGUCUUUUUCCCCCAAUGGAUACUGCUUUAACAUACAUGAAUAAAGAAAAAAAUGAAAAUAUCAUCGAAGAAAGAGAGAGAAAAAAAAAACUGGAUUUACUAACCUUUUAUCGUUUGCAGGGAGGGAGAUCCCCUUAUAAUACCCAUAGUGAUCUCCAAAAUGAAGGCACCAAUGCAGACGUGCAGAAUGGAGAAGGGGAUAGAUUUCCCCCCCAACUGAAUAAGGCCUCCCACCAUUUUAAUCAGCCAUAUGAAGAUCUCCUUAACUGUGGCAAGUGCUUCAGGGGGUGGGUAGCAGAAGAAGAAAAUUGCAAAGGAGAGAACCCCUUCAAUAUCAAUAGGCGUGACGGGCCCCCCAGUUUUACUGCCACUACGGGGGGCGCAUACAGGGGGGUGAAGAAUCCAAACGCGCAAAGAGACGCAUCGAGGCAGGUAGUACUGACAAAGGGGAUGAACGAGUGGAAUGUCGCUGCCAACCAGUUGAGUGCCCCUUCUUCCAGCGGGGCUAACUUCAACGCGAGACGUUUAAGCCAGCCAAGCAGAGACACCACAGUGAGCAGCCCAACUAACAAUCCAGCUUCCCCCACGCAGGAGGAAAUUCUCAAUAAUAUUUUCGAAGAUCCAUCCGAUGAUAAAAAAAACUACAGGACGCCCAGCGAGACUGCUGCUUUAAAUCAAAAAAGACAAUCCUUUAUUGACGAAAUUGGUGAAAUUAAAAAAUCGAUUGAAAAGGAAAACCAAAAUAAUAGACAGCCAAGUUUGACGCACAUGAGUCUUCCGUAUGGACAGAGAAUGGCACCUGGAAUCCCUUUGCGUGACGAGAGGAUCAAUUUUUCUAAAAGCGGGAUGCUGAAGAAGCAGAGUUUUUACCUUAGCAGUCGCAACAACGAUGGUAGCGGCGCCUACCCGGAUUUCAAAUCCAUUCGGACGAAUGACCCCCGGGGGGCGGGCGCCCUUUGGGGG